AUGCCGCCGUCACCAGGAUUGAAAUGUUCCGAUGUGCAGGGCGCAGGCGCAGGCGCCAGCGCAAAGCAGGCCCGUCGAAAACGCGACGCAGACGCGAACGCAGAACAGUCUAGCAUGCUCCUCUCCCGAAUUCUCACCCUGUCUCUUUUCCUCUCCCUUUCCCCGAGGAUCGCACAAUCGGAAGCCAUCGAUGGCGCUUUGAUCAUCACACGAUCAGAUAGCAUGGUCGCUGCCUCGUCAGAGCAUAGGUGUCUGAGCUCGGCCCGGACACAAAUGACAUCAGCAAAGCACGGAGUCAAGCUCUGA